AUGUCUCAAACUCAAACCACUACAUUAACAGCCCCACAGAUCCCUUCCCUGGUGGAAGUCGAUGUGUCGGAAACAUCCCGUGGCUACAAGGUUGCCGAAAGGGGUUCCCACAACAUCGCUCUUGGCGGGGCGCAUCCGUUCCAGCUUCCGGUUUUCGAAGACAAGCUCGAGGAAAGAAAAUGGAUCAGAGAACAUAUGGCCGCUGCUUUUAGAACCUUCGGUCGCAACGGCUACAGCGAGGGGACUGCCGGCCACAUUUCGGUGAGAGAUCCAAUUGAGCCCCACACCUUUUGGAUCAACCCCUUGGGCAGACACUUCUGUUUGAUGAAGGCCAGCGACAUGAUAAGAGUGGACUACGACGGUAACCUCAUCGAAGGAAAUGCCGCCAUCAACAAGGCUGGAUUCCAGAUCCACUCUGAGUUACACAAGUACCGUCUGGACAUUAACGCCGCCUGUCACACGCACUCAAUCCACGGUAAGACUUAUUCAGCCUUUGGUAAGCCGUUGGAGAUGCUCAACCAGGAUUCAUGUACAUUCUACAACUGCCACUCGGUUUUCACCGACUUUGGUGGAGUCGCUUUGGAGAGCGACGAGGGAAAGAAGAUUGCCGCUGCCUGCGGUCCUAACGGAAGAGCCUUGAUCUUGCAGAACCACGGGUUGUUGACCGUCGGCCAGACCGUCGACGAAGCUGCGUACCUUUUUACGCUUAUGGAGAGAACCUGCCAGGCCCAGUUGAUGGCCGACGCCGCUGCCGCCGGUGGGUUUGAGAAGAAAGUUAUCGGUGAUGAGGAAGCUGCAUAUACGUACCACACGUCUGCCGACCCGGAGACUUUGUUUACCGAAUUCCAGCCGGAAAUUGAGUUGGAAGAGUAUCUCCACGGGAAUGAAUACAAGCAGUAGAGCAAAGAUUGGCCCGAGGCU